UCACACAAACACUGGCAGGCAGUAUCUGUGCAGCAAUGGAGGCAGGCAGCAUUGAGAGCCUAUGCAUUUUGUACCAGAGCCCGGACUUCCUAGUGGUGAACAAGCACUGGGACAUUCGCAUAGACAGCAAGAUGUGGUAUGAGAAAGUGACGGUACAGAGCCAGCUAAGGCACCGAUUCCCUGAGCUGGCUGAUCCGGACACCUAUUAUGGGUUCAGGUUCUGCCAUCAGCUGGACUUCUCGACUAGUGGGGCUCUGUGCGUUGCCCUUAGCAAAGAAGCGGCAGGACGCGCGUACAAGUGUUUUAAAGAGCGCACAGUCACCAAGGCUUACCUGGCACUGGUCAGGGGCAGUGUUGCACAAAGCUGCAUGACCAUCACACUGGCCAUUGGCAAGAACACACAAGAGGGACUAACGCACAUGAUGUGCGUGGAAGGGACUGAAGGGUGUGAGAAUGAAAAGCCUUGUCAGACCUACCUGACCGUCCUACAGCAUGGAUUAUACAAAGGAGAACCUGUCACCAAAGUCUUGUUACAGCCCUUAACUGGUCGCACACACCAGCUUAGAGUCCACUGCAGUGCCCUGGGCUAUCCCAUCGUGGGGGACUUUACCUAUAGCUUUAAGACAGACACUGACCCAUAUAGGAUGAUGCUGCACGCCUACUACCUAUGUAUCCCCACCGACCACGAGCUCAUCGAAGUCACAGCUCCCGAUCCGUUUCAGCCAGAAAACGACCCCCACUGGACACCGACAGAAACUGUCCAGAGCCUGAGUGAAGCCAUGGCUAACCUUAGCAACAAGGCAUUUUCCAUGGAGAGUACUGGACUGGAAGGCAAGACCGAGCCACUGAAGCCGGUGGAGGAAAAGAGGGAAACGGAGGAGGAGAGAGCUGUGUGCCAACAGUGGCUGGCCGAGUGGCCUGGGGAAUAACUGGCUAGAAUCGAGUCAUAUUUUAGCCUAGUAGCAAAUGCCACCAGGUACAAAUCCGUGCCGAGCACACCAGUCUUCAUGUUCCGUUCAGUUACGGAAAUGAGGCUGUAACAUCUUAGCAAUAGUUUAUCCACAUCUGGCCCAGCCAAUCACAGCUGUAGAACCGCAGUGCACUGCUCGAUUGCAUCUUUGGUGUCGCAGAUCUUCACCAGCAAUACUCCAUUUACUGCUGCUAGAGUAUUUUAAUGCUUUUUACCAAGCCCCAGUCAGGAUAGGAUAGGAGGACAUUGCAGCCAGGGGUCACUUAAUUUAAUCACUUGGACUGGGGCUGCUUU